AUGAGCCCUUCUUCCACAAAGGUCUCCUGGGCCGCUGUGACGUUGCUGCUGCUGCUCCUACUGCCGCCGGCGCUACUCUCGCCCGGGGCGGCCGCGCAACCCCUGCCCGACUGCUGCCGCCAGAAGACGUGCUCCUGCCGCCUCUACGAGCUGCUGCACGGCGCCGGCAAUCACGCGGCCGGUAUCUUGACUCUGGGAAAGCGGCGACCCGGGCCCCCAGGUCUGCAGGGUCGGCUGCAGCGUCUCCUGCAGGCCAGCGGCAACCACGCGGCUGGCAUCCUGACUAUGGGCCGACGCGCAGGCGCAGAGCCCGCGCCCCGCCCCUGCUCUGGACGCCGCUGUCCUGUCGAGCCCGCCUUGGCCACUGGGCCUGGUGGACUGUCCCGGAUCUGA